GGGUUCAUCUCUACAUUGUGCUGAGCUUCUGCGCUGCCAUUCUAUUCUCGGUUACCUUUGUGAAGGAGUGACUGUGAUCGCUGCAACACACAUGGCCUUCAACGGAACUUGGCAGGUGUAUGCCCAGGAAAACUAUGAAGAGUUCCUCAAGGCUCUCUCCUUGCCUGAGGAUCUCAUCAAGAUGGCUAAGGAUGUUAAACCUGUGAUGGAGAUCCAGCAAAAGGGUGACAACUUUGUUAUCACCUCCAAGAGCCCUCAGAAGAGUGUCACCAAUUCCUUCACCAUCGGCAAGGAGGCAGAGAUAACCACCAUUGACGGCAGGAAGCUCAAGUGCACUGUCAGAAUGGAGGGGGGGAAGCUCGUAUGUCAAAACGAAAAGUUCAGCCACAUCCAGGAGGUCAAAGGGGAAGAGAUGGUGGAGGCUAUCACUGUUGGCUCAACCACCCUCAUCCGGAAAAGCAAGAAGGUGUGAUGCUAUAUCCAGAGUUAGCGGAUGUGGAUGUCAGUGACUGGAGUUAAGUUGCUGAUAUUUAAAUUUGUAAUCAGUCAUAGAAAUAUAGCAUGUGUCUCUUCAUUUUACUGUUGAAGAUUGGGUAUUCCAUUUUUAUAUUUUAAUCUUGUAAAAUCAGACGGACCGGUAAAAAAUCAGCUUUGAUAGCAUUUUACCAGCAGAAAUGUAGGACACUCUUUUUCUGAAUAUACUUUCAUACGAAGGCCAUGAUAUUAAAUACUUGUUCUGUCUUUAUCCAUAAAACCCAAUUGGUAACACUUCACUGAGAAAA